CGCAAACAGGUUGGACUACAGUGGGAGGAGAAAUAGGCAACUAUAAAAGCCAAAGGUGCAGACUGAAUGUACAUCUUGUUCUCUUCCAUCCGCUGUCGUAGUCUCGCCAUGGCUAAAAUCACUGAGAGUGUCAUUAAUAUUUUGGCUGCAAUUGCCUUGCUGGUCGCAACAGUUUCCACUCAAGAGUAUGGCCAGCGCAUUGGCCGUCGUAACAGACCGAAUUUAGGAAUCCAAUCAGUUUCUUCGUCGCCCAUUACGGCGACUAAAAUCGAAAGUAGCGUUCCAGUGGUUCCGCGGGAAGCGCGAAUUAAUAUUGGCUAUUCCUAUGUGCCACCAACCAAUCCCCUAUUGCUACCGUCCAGCAGCAACCAGGAGGAUCAUCAAGUGACUAUUGCUAUAGUCCCACAAUCGCCAGAAGUAGUCCAGCAGGAAUUGGAAGAAGAUUCUUUAGAAAUUGCCCAGGAGAUUACGCUGCCCGAUCCUGAAACGUUUCCAGUCAUUCUGGCGGACCAAAAUUCCUUGGCCCCCGUCCAGCAGCAACAGCCGAUCGAUGAAGAGAUUGCCUUCUGGGAUUUCAGGGAGUCUAUUCCUGGCGAACCCGAAUUUGAUUACCCGAUUUUGGACAAGAUACCAUCAUCUUCAUUUAAAUGUGCUGGGCAGCGUAACGGAUAUUACGCCGACGUCGAGACCCGCUGCCAAGUUUUCCACGUGUGCACAAACAUUCCGGAUGCUGAGCCCAUUAAAGCUUCUUUCCUCUGUCCAAAUGGCACCAUCUUUAACCAAGAAGUCUUCGUCUGCCAAUGGUGGACGGAUGUGAACUGCGCGACUAGUCCACAGUUCUUCGAUUUGAACAAGAAUAUUGGCGUCGUGCCCGAAUCAUCAUACAAUGCUGCGGAAAAAACCCAAUAAGAAGCAUCGCAUGACAUUUGAUAGAAAGCAAAAAAUUAAUUCAGUCAUUUUUCGAGCCAACAAAAUUAUUUUUGAACAUUUGGAAUAAAUAACUCGGCGCCUACCAUGAAAAA